AAGCCGAAACGCAGACCGCGACGUCGUUUAAGGCCCUUCCGGUUCCAGGGCUUUUUCCCCGAGCUUCGUCUCUCUUUCUGCGCCCCAGUCAUGGCGGUCGCGCGCUCCCUCAAGCUCCGCAAUGGCCUCUUCGCCGUCGGACGCGGGACCAGAUUCCAUCCGUCCCCGUUCUCCCGAGCCCGUGGGCUAUCGGUCUCCGCCUCCACGAGCGGCGGCGACGGCGGCGGCGGCGGCGGCGGCGGCGGGGCGCCGCUUCCGGUCCUGAUCGUCGGCGCCGGCCCCGUCGGCUUGGUCCUCUCCAUCCUUCUCACGAAGCUAGGAGUGGAGUGUGCGAUCGUGGAGAAGAGUAAGACAUUUUCUAGCCAUCCGCAGGCUCACUUCAUCAAUAACCGUACGAUGGAGGUGUUCCGCAAAAUUAAUGGCUUGGCAGAGGAAAUUCAAAAAUAUCAACCGCCUGUUGACUUGUGGAGAAAGUUCAUUUAUUGCAGCUCACUCACCGGUUCAGUUCUAGGGACAGUUGACCAUAUGCAACCUCAAGAUUUUGAAAAAGUUGUCAGCCCUGUCUCUGUGGCACACUUUUCACAAUACAAAUUAACAAGGUUAUUAGUUGAGCAUCUGAAAAAGCUCAACUUCCAAAUUCGCGAAGCAGACAACUCAGAAGGCCUGGAUUGUGAAGUUCCCAGGGCAAGAGAAAUACUGAUGGGGCACGAAUGCAUCUCCAUCGAUACUACUUCUAACCGAUGUGUAACUGCCACUGUCUCUCAUAUUGAGGGAGGAAAGUGUAAGGAGAGAAAAUUUCGGUGCAGUACUCUUGUCGGUACAGAUGGGGCUGGAAGUAGUGUUAGAAGGCUUUUAGGAAUUAGUUUGAGAGGUGAAAAGGAUUUACAAAAGCUUGUCAGUGUUCAUUUUCUUAGCAAAGACCUUGGGCAACAUCUCCUCAGGGAAAGGCCUGGCAUGUUAUACUUUAUCUUCAAUACUGAAGCUAUUGGAGUUCUUGUUGCUCAUGAUCUGGAGCAAGGAGAAUUUGUUUUGCAGAUGCCAUUCUAUCCACCUCAGCAAAAUGUACAGGAUUUUGAGCCGAAGAUAUGUGAGAAGAUAAUUUUCAAGUUGGUUGGCCGAGAACUUGUGGACAUCGAUGUAAUUGGAGCAAAACCAUGGGUGAUGCAUGCUGAAGUUGCAGAGAAGUUUCUUACCUGCAACAAUCGAGUCAUAAUUGCUGGUGAUGCAGCUCAUCGAUUUCCUCCAGCUGGCGGUUUUGGAAUGAACACUGGAAUCCAGGAUGCACACAAUCUUGCUUGGAAAUUGGCUUCUGUUUUGAAGGGUAUUUCACCAUCUUCAUUUCUUCAUACCUAUGAAGCAGAACGUAAGCCGAUUGCCAUCUUUAAUACUACAUUGAGUGUUCAAAACUUCAAAGCUGCCAUGGCAGUUCCAGCUGCUCUAGGUCUCGAUCCUGCUGUCGCAAACUCAGUACAUCGAGUUGUCAGUGAUGGCUUCGGUUCCAUUCUACCAUCUGAAGUUCAGAAGGCAAUUUUGGAUGGAGCUUUUAGCUUGGGCCGUGCACAGCUUUCAACAUUUCUUCUUAACGAAAACAACCCACUGGGAUCAUCAAGACUGGCAAAACUGAAACGUAUAUUUGAUGAAGGGAAAAGCCUCCAACUGCAGUUUCCUGCUGAGGAUCUUGGCUUCAGGUACCUUGAUGGUGCACUUAUUCCUGAUGUUGAUAGUACCUCCAUUCCGCUUCUGCGACCUACUGGCCGUCGGAGGGACUAUAUACCAUCUGCAGAUCCAGGAUCAAGGCUUCCCCACAUGAAUGUGAGGCUAUGGUCAGAUUCUGGCAAAGAGGAAAAAAUGUCAACUCUUGACCUUGUAUGUGGAGAUAAGAUUGAGUUUGUCCUCAUCAUUGCCCCAAUUGAAGAUUCCUACAACCUUGCUCGUGCUGCUUUCAAGGUGGCUGAAGAAUUUGGAGUAUCCGCUAGAGUCUGUGUAGUGUGGCCCGUUGAAGCUAGUAAUGCGUUUGGAGAAGGUAGUAAGGUUGCAUUGGCACCUUGGAAAAAUUACUUAGAUGUUCAGGAAGUUAAGAAUCCAUCAAUUUCUUCUUCUUCCUCCUGGUGGGAGUUGUGCCGGAUGACCGACAGAGGGGUGAUUCUGGUCAGGCCUGAUGAGCAUAUUGCUUGGCGUGCGAAAUCUGAAAUCAUAGGCGAUCCCAUGUUGGAGAUGCGAAAGGCCUUUUCUGCGGUGCUGGGUGUUAAGUUGAAGGCGGUCUAGGGAAACUUAGCAAUCCUCAUGGAUGUUGUUAGUUCCAGAGUAGCAAGAGAAUGAUCUUAUGUACGGCAUUUUCUAUCGAUUUAGGUUUUGGAGAACAACGAAUAUUAUAUUGUGAGCAUUGAUUGCCUGCUCCACAGUUAAUAAUUUUGGGUGUUGACCCUCAAGUA